AGUAGCUGUUUUUACAUCCAGCAGCCUGAGGUCUAAGGCAAAGAGCCAUUAUUCCCUCAGAUAUUGCAGCUGAUCGCUCUAGACUCUACUGUACUUUACUCGGAUGGACUUGAGUGCUCGGGUCACUGGGAGGUUGGUUCAUCUUUGUGGAGGCCGGAGAUUAAAGGACCUUUUCUUGGUGGUUUAUAGAUCAACGAAAGUUGCAGCCAAACACACUGAGACUUCUGCUUUUAAAGAAGUGGCACUAUUGCAAUACUACUCCAACAGAGCAGCAAAAGUCUAAGUUUAAUAUUAUUAAGGGUGAGUGGAACCUUGCACUGACUCGUGCUGAAUGUUGGGAGGCUGAAACAGGGUUGCAUUCUCUUCUUCUGAGAUUCCUGCAAAUUGAGCAACAUGCAUAUCUUACAGCCAUACUGCAUCAACAGGUGGCCAGAUGUGCCGAAGAGAAAGAGUAAGAACAGCCAGUGUUCGGUGAAGAGCGUGUCUGCUCUUAGUGUCUCUGUUCCAGGGUACAUCCCCAGCUACCUUGAGAAGGAUGAGCCAUGCGUGGUGUGUGGGGACAAAGCAACUGGCUACCACUACCGCUGCAUCACCUGCGAGGGUUGCAAGGUACAGUACAUCAUCUCCCUGUUACUAAAUGAACAUUGACACAGGUGAGACUUGAGUUGAUUGUUCACUAAA